GCAAGGCAAACACGAGCAGCAAGCUAGAGAGAGAGAGAGAGAAGAUGUUGUGAUCAGCAUCUGAUAUAUCAGACGGCUAUGGUUAUUCCAUUUUUCUUCUUUUAAUUUUUUUAAGGCAGCUUGCGAUUCAUUCUACGUUUGUACUCUGGCUUGAUCGGGGAGCAUUUACCGUUCACAGGUACACAAAACAAUCGAUGAGAAUUUCAAUCUUCAGCGCAGAGAUCGAUUCUUAGAUUAUUAUUAUUUUUUUUUUACAGCUGAGAGUAAUUUUCAGAGAAACGAAGGGUCUGGGGGUGUUUAGCGGCGGGGAAGAUGCGGAGAGACGGAAGCAGUAGCAGCAGUGGUAGCGGCGAUACGAAUAGCAAUAGCAGAGGGGAAAGCGUUGUGAUAGACUGCGGUAGGCGCAAGGGCUCUUGCGGCUAUUGCAGAUCCCCCAAUCGCUCCAGCAUCUCUCACGGUUUAUGGGCACAUAGCAUUACUGUUGAUGAUUACCAAGAUCUUCUUGACCGAGGUUGGAGGAGAUCUGGCUCCUUCCUCUACAAACCUGAGAUGGAAAGGACAUGCUGCCCUUCUUAUACUAUUCGUUUAAGGGCAGCUGAUUUUAUUCCUUCUAAGGAACAACUACGAGUGUCUAGACGAAUGCAACGGUUCUUAGAUGGUGCAUUGGAUAUUACAAAACCAGUUGAGCCAAUAGAGGGUCCAAAUUCUUCUAAGGAUGAUAUAUCCAGCCUUUCUGGUAAUGAAGUUUCUAGCUCGUUCACAAAGGAAUCCUUGCCCAGUAACAAUGAAACGAAUAAUGAAGCAGAACAAGUAUUGCAUUAUUUGUCCGAUCAAAUUGACAAUGCGGUACGCCUAUGCAAGGAAAGUGGGGAAUUUAUAUACAACAUCCAAUUACCAAAAUCAUCUGUCAAAAAAGUUUUACCAGCCAAAAGGAAGAUACUAGUUGAAGGAUCUGAAGAUCUGCUUUACUCCAGCAAUAUUUCAUUCCAAAUAGCAGCUGCUAUAAGGCGGGCACAAUCAUGUGAUAACCACGAGUUAAGACAAUCAAGACAUUCUGCAGAAGAAAAUGAGUUGUCUCCAAAAGUUAUUGCAGAAAAACUGGCAAGUUCUUUAAGUCAACCAAUAAAAACUUCAAAUCUGUUAAUCAGAGCUUGCAAUGGACAUAUAAACUUUUAUUCGCCUGGAAGCCAACUGUCAUCUAAUGAAAGUGUUCAAACUACUGCUUCAAAAUCUGCAGCAGGUCAUGCAUCUAAAAAGCAAUGCUUGAAGAACUCUGAACAACCUCUGGGGAAAGGGCGGAGGCUUGAGAUCUAUUUGAAAAGGUCCUGCUUUGAUCCUGAAGAAUUUUCUUUAUACAAAAAAUAUCAGAUUAAAGUGCAUAAGGAUACACCAGAUCAUGUUACUGAAAGCUCAUACCGCAAUUUUUUGGUACACACUCCCUUAGUAUUUGUCCCACCAACUGGUGACGGUACUGUCCCUCGUUGUGGCUUUGGUUCUUUUCAUCAGCAGUAUGUGAUUGAUGGUAGGCUAGUUGCAGUUGGUGUAAUAGAUAUCCUUCCCAGAUGUUUGUCAAGUAAAUACUUAUUCUGGGACCCAGACUUUGCCUCCCUAUCACUAGGGAAGUACACAGCCCUGCAAGAAAUAGGUUGGGUGAGAGAGAAUCAAGUCCAUUGUCCUACUCUUCAGUAUUACUAUCUUGGGUAUUAUAUUCAUUCCUGCAGCAAGAUGAGAUAUAAAGCAGCAUAUCACCCGUCUGAGCUUCUCUGUCCUCUUCGUUACCAGUGGAUUCCCUUUCACAUUGUGAGGCCUUUGCUUGACAGGAAGCCAUAUGUAGUCUUAUCAGAUUUUGCAACUUUAAAGAAUGGAGAGUCCUCCCCGCCUCCUGUUUCUGAAGAUUUCAUAGAAACGCAACAAUUUGACGUUCACCAAGACUCGAAUGAUCUUGGGGUAGAAAUGAUUGACCCUGAAUAUGGAAGCUCUGAUGAUGAACCAUGCUUAGAAAGCAGCGAUGUGGUUUCUAUCGAAGGAGAAGAUGGUGACAUCAGUGAUAUUUUAAUUGAGUUUAACGGAUCUCGCCAGAGAUACAAGGAUCGACAAGAAGCUUGUGGUGCAACAGGAGGGGGUUACUUGGGCUCCUUGGAAUCUCAGUUGCACAGAUACAUGAAGGUUGUGGGUGCAGAGCUCUCCAAGCGAAUGGUUUUUUCAGUUGGAUGGUUUUGAUUCUUUGGGAAGGGCACUCCCUCGAGUUUCAUCUCAAGUAAGAGAUGUACGCUCUAGGAUGCAAGCUCGGUUUUAACUGCUGGAGUUUUAUGUUGACCAUAUUGGGAGCUAGAAAGUGAGAGCUUUUGUGGAAUUUUAUCAUUACUUGAACCUGUGAUUUAUUUUAUUUGAUCCAUCGUCCAUUUCCAAUGAUGAAGUACAGAUUUUAAUCGUGGUUUAAGCAACAUGUUUGCUUA